UUGAAGGUCAGUUUGUUUAUAGUUGGUGGAAGAUACCAAAAAGCCUGUUGCUGAGCUACACCUCAAAACUGCGGCAAUAUCAGUUGUCCAUUGGCAGCGUACGAACUAUACAUCACGCACACACAUGCAUGGAAAAAGAAAGUUUUGACGCAACAUCGUGGCCACUGCCCGUUAUGAAGAAGCGUCGACGACGAAGACGGCCACCACAAAACAGUUAUUACUUCACAUCAGCUGCGGGAGGUUGUGUUGUUGCCGUCGUCCACCACAGCCAGAGACGUUAAUCUGCAAGUGGCAAUUUGAUUUGCUAAAGCCAAAGCUUAGCAACUGCAACAACAACAACAGGUUCAAUAACGUGAAACCAACCGCGGGACGGGGUGUGUACGCGAGCAAUAAAAAGUGAAAUCGCUAAAACCGAAAUUUACGCAUCGAGCCGAUCAAUGAAAUUCGCGCUCAGUCGAUUGUAAACUCUUCAGAAAAGAAGGAGCUCGCAAGCAUCCAGGAGACUUCAAAAAUAAAUUCCAUUGAAGACGAAACCGCGAGGCAGUAAAAAGUGAAAUCUCAACACACACACCCAUAUACAUAUAUUACUCAUAUAUCGAGUAACGCACAGAUCAACUGUAAAAUGACGCCAGCCGUUACGACUGGCACAGCCAGUACAGGAGGCAGUGCCUCUGCCACGACAAGUGGAUCCUCGAGACGCACACACAGCACACGGGAGCAGCUGCAACAGAUUUUGGCCGGAGGCGUGUCUGCGGCAAUAACGCGUUCCACCUGCCAGCCCCUAGAUGUGCUUAAGAUUCGAUUUCAGCUGCAGGUGGAACCACUGGGUGCCGGGGCCGGGGCAAACAAACUGCGAGCGGCCACUAAACAGACCUCCAAGUACACGUCUAUUAGUCAAGCGGUCGGAACGAUAUACCGUGAAGAGGGACUGCUGGCCUUCUGGAAGGGUCAUAAUCCUGCACAGGUGCUGAGCAUCAUGUAUGGUAUUUGCCAGUUCUGGACGUACGAGCAGUUGAGUCUGCGCGCCAAACAGACCGCCUACCUCAAGGACCACACGCAUCAGUCGAAUUUUAUAUGCGGCGCAGCGGCUGGCGCUGCUGCAGUCAUUAUAUCCACGCCGCUCGACGUCAUACGGACGCGACUCAUUGCCCAAGACACAAGUAAGGGCUAUCGCAAUGCCACACGUGCUGUCGCGGCGAUUGUGCGUAGCGAAGGUCCACGUGGCAUGUAUCGCGGACUGUCCUCGGCGCUGCUUCAAAUCGCUCCCCUCAUGGGCACCAACUUUAUGGCGUAUCGCUUAUUUAGUCAGUCAGCGUGCAAGUUCUUUGAGGUUGAGGAUCGCAGCAAGCUGCCUACCUGGACGCUCCUAGUGUUGGGCGCCACCUCGGGCAUGCUAUCGAAGACGAUCGUGUACCCGUUUGAUUUGAUCAAGAAACGUCUGCAAAUACAGGGUUUUGAGUCCAACCGUCAGACCUUCGGGCAAAACAUUCAAUGCCGUGGCGUCUGGGAUUGCCUGCAGCUAACGGUGCGGCAGGAGGGUGUACGCGGGCUGUACAAAGGUGUGGCCCCCACCCUCCUAAAGUCUAGCCUAACGACGGCCCUGUAUUUCAGCAUUUAUGACAAACUCAAGCAGGUGCAUCUCAACACCUAACUAGCUUUAUAGCUUUUAUACGUGAGCGUAUAUUUUCCCGACUUAAUUCUAAGUAAGCUAAGGGUUAUAUAUUUUUAUAGUAAACUGCUAAACGGCCUACAAAGCACCAUUGUGGUCCGGAGAGACAGCAUCGAUCUAGAGAGUCCAAAUGGCGUUUUACGAUCCAGGGCGAAUGGGUAUUCUUAAUUCGAGCACAAUACGAUAAUGAUAUGAAAAUCGGGCUUUCAUGUUAUUAGACUAAGAAUAAAACAAUUUUAAAUCAAGUACAAAACAAA